AUGGUGACAAAGGUUCCUAAGUCUUUCAAUAAUCUGCUUCUAUUCACGUCCGGUUCUUGGCUAUAUCAAACUAGUCUUUAUGGUGCAUUUUAUCAGAUUUAUGCUAGCUUUAAAUUGAUAUUGUGUGCAAUCCAGAAUGAUAAACAUCCUCAAAAUUCUGGAUUCAAAGCCUUUAAACUUUAUAUAUUAUUAUCAAUUAUUUUAUGUAUUUUACUAUUGGCAUUUAUACCCAAAUGCUAUGCUCCGCCGAUUCAGCAAGAUGAUUCUCCAUUUAUCAGUAAAUUGCCUGUAGUUUCAAUUUUGCGGAUUGUCUUUGUCAGUUACAUAGCACAUAUCGUUACCAUCCGCCCUACAACCGGUAUCAGUACCUUUUCUACGCUAGAACGGCGUAUUAUGGGGUUUCUAUUUCCUUCCAGUGAAAUUGGCAUUAUAUUGGGGUCUAUGUACAAAGCAUAUUAUGGAGAUGAAAUACUCAAAAUCACCAAGUAUAAGCCCUUUUUGGAACGCUACGAUAAAGAAAUCGAAGGAGAAAUCUUCAAAGUCAAAAAUAAGAACGACCAAAGUUUACAAGCCUCGACAAUAACAGCUUUACCAGACUCAACAACGUCAGCCUCGUUAGACAGAACAAGAACGGCUUCAAUGGACGGAAUAAAGUCAACUUUAUUAGAUGGAGUAAAGAGAGUAUCAUUUGACUCAAGGUCAACAUCAUCAGACUCAUUCUCCUUGGAUGGUCAAUCUGCAACCGAAUCCAAAAAUGACGAGGAUUAUGACACAAAAUAUAACGAGACCAACAACAAAUUCUCAAGCGUUGUAAACCUAAGAAAUCGACUAGUAAAGGAUACCAGAGAAGAAAAUAAUCUUAAUCACCCUCAAAAUGCAGCGUAUUUAGCCGCCUUUCUUCAUAUAAUGGGACCCAAAAGAGCAAAGAAAAUUAAACACUGUAUACUAGCAAAUUCUUUAAUCCUUGGCUCGGAAAAUAACACUGGUGGCGCAGAAGACUCGAACUACAUUGAAGGGCUGACUAUCAAUGGUCCUGGAGCAGCCUGUAAUUAUCAAUACAAAAUAAACUUAAAUGAUACCCAUUUCAUGACAGACGAUAUGAUCAAUCAACUCGAAACGGCCCACUAUAUCGACAACAUCCCGUAUAUUGAAAUAUUUAUUACAAUUGUACAGCUGUUUUUUACGGCGAUUGAAUGCAUGGAAAUAGACGGGGACAGAUGGGUCAAGCUUAUUAUGAUUAUAUACACUAUAAUGUCAGUACUUCAGACAGUUUCUCUAAUUGCAUUGCAUAAGCAAACAGCGACGUUUAGUGUCAUAAAAUAUGACCGAUUUGUCAUUAUUAAAUAUGAUCACUAUCAUAAUAAUGUACCUCCACAUAAGUCUUUUUAUGAUAAAUUAGAUGUAAAUGUCUUUUGUUUUUUGGCAGGAAUAAUAUCAUUCUUGCUACUUGGUAUAUGGGCAGAUUAUAAUAAUCAUAGUGUCACAGAAUGGCUUGUAAUUUCAUGGAUUAUUAGUCCUUUAGCUCUCUAUUUCAUGUUUUUUUUAAGUACCAUGGAUAUAUUAGGUAUCAUAGGGAUGGGUAUUUUGUUAAUUACCUGCUUUGGGCUUCUUAUUUCUGCCACAAUUAUUGGAUAUUUACCAAAAAUAUCUCUUUCUACUUUCAGUGUACUUUCUCACUUCAUUACCUUACCUCAGGCUAAUUUCACACUUCUUUAA